UAUCAGCCCACCUCCCUCUCUCUCUCUCUCUCUCUCUCUCUCUGAAAAUGGGUUACCUGGAUCAUCUUUCGAACUUGUGCACUGUAAACACAAGGAAAAGCAAGAACAAAGUUAUGCAGGUAGAUACCCUUUUUCUUCUUCUUCUUCUUCUUCUUCUUCUUCUUCUUCUUCUUCUUCUCCGUGGUUUCAUUGGAUGGCUUACUUGUUCUUCUCCCACAACGGUUGAGAUCAAAGUGAAAAUGGACUGUGAUGGCUGUGAACGACGAGUUAAACAUGCUGUUUCCUCCAUGAAAGGAGUAAAAUCCGUCGACGUGAACCGGAAGCAAAGCCGGGUGACGGUUAGCGGGUACGUGAAGCCUAACAAGGUGUUAGAAAGAGUAAAGAGCACUGGAAAGAGGGCUGAGUUUUGGCCCUAUGUGCCCUACAAUUUGGUGUACUAUCCUUAUGUCCCUCAAGCUUAUGACAAGAAGGCACCCUCCGGCUUUGUCAAGAACGUCGCUCAAGCACUGCCCAGCCCUAACGCACCUGUCGAGAGGCUCACUGCGCUCUUCAGCGAUGAAAACCCAAAUGCUUGUACCAUUAUGUGAAGCAUUAUGUGGAAUUGGAGUUGGUUUCAAAGAGUUAGCAUUUUUUCUUUAAUUUUGAAGAUAAUAUUCAAUUUAACAUACUUAUAGGUUUUGCUAAUGUUUGGAUAGAAUUUGCUUGUUAAGUGACCCGUUUUAUACGUUGGAAAUGUUAUUUGGACAUUUCAAUAUUUGAAGUGAUAUUUGUGUAUUGAAAUAUUGUAUUAUGUGUCGUAUCAAUACAAAUAUUUUUUCAAAUA